CAUAUGAAACAAAAUCCAACGAGAUUCCAAAAAACGCGGAAUAAUACAUGGUGUAAUGUUUACAUCAUGUUUAUUCUUACGAUGAAUACAGUAUAUUUCACUCUACAGUAAUAAUUUCACACUCCUGUGUGUAAAAUUAAUAGCAUUUCCUUACUAAUCUGAUCGUCCGCAGCUCAUACGAAGUUGGCAUCGUUGCGCUGUUACUGGGUUAUAUGCUUUAAAACGUAUAAAGGCGCAAAAGUGCUUGCUAGGCUAAGAGAUACAACUUUUCUCGUUCCAUUUUUCGCUGUUAUCGCAUAUGAUUUGUAUUUACAGAUAUGAGGCUGAGAAGUCUGGUGUAUUGGAUGAAACACAAACACAACAACAGCUAGUUGAUCAAUGCAAUGAAGACAUAAAGGAGAAAGGAAAAAUGUUCAUUACAAUCAGAAUGUCACUACAAAUGUUGUACAGUAAGUUAGAUUGUAUUCGUCGGCCAACAGACAAAGUUGAACACAUGGACUCACUGGUGGCCAUUGAGUCUAGUGAGCUUGGUCGAGAAAAGAGUGAAGAGAGCAUUGAGCCACUUCCUUCAGAAGACCCUCUAGAAAUACUCCGCCAAGUUAUGAUACGAUCAAGAAAGCUUAUAAGCCAUGCUACGCUGGCUUUGAAUGAAGAAGAAUUGGAAGAUGCAAGAGCAUUAUUCCAAACAACUGUUACUGAAAAAAUUAGCAGAGCUGAAUAUGGUGAAGCUGAUAAGGAAGAACAAGAAAUUAUGGUUGACUAUGAUGUCGAUGAUCCAUCUGUGCUAACAAGAGCAGAGAUUAAGACAACAAGUAAGAAGAUUGUAGCACAAUUUGAGAAAUCACUAUAUGAUUUCUAAGACUGGAGGUACACAUGUGCAAUACAUCAGCAGAACAUUAAAGCAUGUAAUACGAAACAAAACCUGUACAAAAUUGAACCAUUUUGUGAAGCUCAUACAAUUUUACAUAGGCCUACACGAAUACUAUGAACAUUGUGGAGUUUUCUGCCUGAAAUAAAAUUCUCAACAUGG